AUGCCAAGACGUGUUGUUCCACCUGAAGAGGCAGCGGUUCUCAAUCCUACUGCCCCACCACCCCCGCCAUCGCCCAUCGUCCAGAAACUCCGGACAGAUUGGAGAUGGGCGGCUAUCAGUCAAUUCCUUUGGACUUUUUCUGAUGCUUUCGGUUUGGUCGAUUGGGAUAUCGAGAACCUGGAAAGGGAUUUUGACGGAGAUGAGACUGCUUUGAUACCGGACCUACUGGCAAAGCUCCUCUAUGCUCUUACCUACAACCGGCAAAUCAACUCAAGCAAUGCGUUCGAACAUCUCCAUAAGCAGUAUCUCAAGAGGUUCCCUGAGAACUCACCUUUCGGUAGCCUGGAAGAGCCUGUAGAAUGGGCCACUUUGGGCCUGGGCCGCAAGGUCCAGACUAUCUGGGAACUAUGCGAAUGGCAGCUCCAUGAUGCGGCAAAAUUCCGAGCGUUACUGCCAAAUGAGGAUGAGGCGACAUCAUGGCGUAUAGAUCCCCUCGGCUGGGACAAGGCCGGCAACACUUACUGGCUUUUUGAUGACAACCGCUUAUGGAUUCAACGUCUUCCUCCACCUCCCCCACGCCCUCCAAAAAAGUCCUCGCUGAAAGCCAAACGGGCCCUGAAACGUUCGCGUCCUUCCGACAAGUCUAAGCAGUCUCGCAAGAAGCGGGUCGAAUCCGAUCCCCCUACACCACCGCCGGCCAAGAUUGAAGAGCCAGUCUCUGGACCUCGAAAACGUACUCAAGUCCAAUUCUUUGGCAAUGUAACUCCCACUGUCCAGGCUCUCAAGCGCGGCGGUGUAAAGGAGACGCCGCCGUCAACACGGGGUACGAGGAGCAGCCACAUAUUGAAUGGAGAGCCGGAAGCUGGACCUUCGACCGCGCCGAUCUCGACUCCAUCCAAGACUCGCGGAAAAUCGACACCUGUCAAGGUGGAAAAAGUCGAGACUCCCCUUCCUCGAGGUACUCGCGUCAGCCGGCGACUUCGAAAUGUCGACGAUGAGUGGCAACAGGUCCCAGAUGAGUGGUUACAGGAGGGUGCAGAGUCCUCACAAGCCUCCAUCAAGGUCAAUCGCAACAACAAAGGAAAAGGAAAAGGGACAGGGAAGGGAAAGACGAAGGCAGAUGACGAAGAGAGUGAAUUGAGCGAGUUGACCGAUGAGGAUGAGCAUCAGGCGAGAUUGGAAGCGAGUCAAGGCCAUCGGAGCAGUCCCGUCGAGCAGGGACUGAAGGCUAAUGGUGAAGAGAGUGAACAGCUGACACCGCUGCCGAUGUCCGACGAACCGGAACAACAUCAGCCUGAUGGCGAUGGCACAAAGAUUGAGCAUGACUCGGCAGAGGAGCAAGAUGUCACCAUGGGUGGUGAUGAGACCAAGACCGAGACAGGCGGAGAUGGUGAUAUCGAAAUGAGACCCAAGUCUGAGGAACAGGCAGAGAACGAGGAUGCCGAAGACGACGAUGAGACGGAUGAGGUCAAACUCGUGGCCAAAGAGGCGGACAAUCUUCCUGACGGUUUCGUCGAGUGGGAGACCGUCUGUGUCACACUCUACGAUUGGAAGACCUAUCCUGAGCAGUUCAAAGAGUCCAAGGAUCCAGACGAAAAGGCUUUGUAUGUGAUGCUCGCGGACCAUGUUGGACCUACCGUGAUUGAAGCGCUUGUUGCCAAAGAGCAAGAACGUCUGAAACAAGAAGCCAUCAACAAUCGGAAACGGUCUUCCCGGAUUCUCGCGCGUGACCUUGAGAAGGAAGAGAUCGCCAAGCGGGAAAAAGCUCAACGUGAAAUGGAGGAACGGAUGGAGAAGCAGCGAAAGGAAGAGGAUCGAAUCGCCAAAGAGGAGGCCGAUCUCCUGGCGAGAGAACGAGCGAGGGAAGAGCGGCUUCGAGAGCGUGAAGAGCGCGCGGCAGCACGUGAAGGAGCUGCUAUGGCUCGUGUGGUUGCGGAUCAAGAGGCAAAGGAGCAAGCCAUCCAAGAGCGAGAGAAUCGAAAGAGACGACGGGAGCUUGGUCUAGAUGAAGUAGAAGGCAGUAGUCGAGAAGGCAGUCGAGCACUGACACCUUCCCGGAAUAAGAUCGCGUCGAACGGAGAUGCAGGUCAGAAGAAGGCAGAUGAUAGCUGGGAGCUCAAUUGUGAGGUGUGUCGCAAGCAGGGAUGGAACAUUGACGAGGAUGAGGAUAUUGUUUGCUGUGAUGAUUGUGGACGGUGGCAACAUGUUGAAUGUCACAACAGGCUAGAUAUUGCAGAAGGCAGACCGAUCCGCAACUGGGAUUCGGUGGACUUUAAGUGUAAAGACUGUCGUCGACGUGCUGCUCGUAAACGUCAGCGUAUGGAAGAGGAAGCUCGUGAAGCCACUCGCGGAAGUGCUGGAGCACCCGGACCUCCCCCUCCACCCUUGCAACCUGGUCAAUACUAUCUGCCUUAUCCCCCUCAAGGCCAACACGCAGUGCCUCCUGUCGGCUAUGCUGUAUACUACAAUGGACCUGAUGGCCCAUCUUCCGCUCCCCAACCCAUGAUGCCUUAUCAGGCUAGACCACCACAUCCGUCUCAACAGAAUUUGCAACCGCGUCCCCAGCUCUCGGGUAAAGCGCAACCUACGAUGGAUGGUCGACCCGCAGCGGCACAUGGUCAACACCCUCAGUAUAGACCAGGGCCUUCUGGUACUCCUCAAACUCAGCAUGUUCAACAACCUCACACUAUAGGUCAAACAAGCGUUUCUCCUCAGUCUCGCCCACCCACGAUGCAUAAUGGACAUCCACCUCAUGCCGUGCCGCUGCGUCAGGGAAUUCUACCCCAUUCUCAGCAUGCAGCAAAUGGCUCUCCUCAUGGUCUUGCAAUCCCUCACCAAUCCCGCGGGCAUCAAGCUCAGCACCCCUUGCAGCAGCAAGUCCACCACCCAUCCCCGCCGGGUCAAACGAACGCUAUCAACUCUCCUUCACCACUGGCUCGACCAAUGGUAAUCCAUGGUACUGUUCCUCAUGCUGCUCAGCACCCGUUCGCUCCUCAACAAGGCAGAUCUAAUGGGCCUAGUGCGCAGCCCAUAACGCAUCCGCAUCAGCCCCCAGCAUCACUGCCAUACAGCGGCCCGAUGACAUCUCAAGCCCCACCUGGCUGGCGACCUCCAGCUCCUGGCCAUGCUCAAGGGCCACAGCCGUCUGCAGCUUCUCAAGCACACCCUUCGGCAGAUCAUAUGCUAAGCCAGCAACAACAGCAGAGGCAGGCUGCGUCCGGAGGCCCGCCUCCCGGGUCGAUGUUCCCACCCCAGCCGCACGUCCCCAAGCCUCAGCAGAGCCGACCGCAGGCUUCUCCAAGUCAGGCGCAUGGUCCUGGUCAACCUUUCUCAUCGGGUCCAGCACAUCAUCAGGCUGGCGAUCCACAUCAGGGUCGCCCGGUCGAUGCCAUGGAACAGGUAUCGAGACAAGGCUCGUUUCCCGGACCGUCCGGAACAGCAGAGGCGGCACAGAAUGGAUCAAGUACUCCCCAGCCGAGUGGGACACAAAAGGCUCAGCAACUGCCGACUGUUCAGCAGCCUACUUCCUAUCCCAACGGGCAUCAACAGAAUGGUGCUCCUAGCGUCUCGAGCGGACCCGGCGGAUCUUUAUCGCCUAGUGCGGCCAGCAAAGUCUCGAUGACAGCAUUGACGGAUCCGCCGAAUACUCGAUAA